AUGGCCUGCAUGAUGUCGUCCCUGCGCUUUCUGUACAACUCCAUUGUGUUAUCUCUCGUUCCCAAGAGCUUAGCAAGUGUGAACUUUACUUUGGGUUCUGUGCUUAUCUCUGCGGGCGUUCUUGCUGUCUGGUAUUCACAGCUCAAGAAAUCUGAUGGUUUUUAUCCCCUUUACAGUAUCCCUUUCAUUGGAUCAUGCUCUUUCUUUGUGAAUCGUGAAAAGUUCCUCGACAUGGCUACGAAGGCCAGCCUCUCUGGCAAGACACCCAAGUUCAGCGUUUUUGGUCACACUGUCGUAAUUCCUACAGGAGAACAAGCUCGAAAGCUCUUCUUUUUCUCCCGAACUCUCGAUAACGGUGAAGGUUUCCAAAUACUUACCGGUCAUGCUCCUAGAAUUGAAGAAGUAAUGGAAAACAGACCAGCUAACCAGAAACGCUUCGCUUUAUUCAUAAGACGAACACAUUCGCUUCUACACCGGGAUCGACUGGAAAAAUUGAUUCCCGAGCUUUUCUCCGACCUUAAUACCCAUAUGAAUUCAUGGCCAAAAAACGACCAAGUUGAUCCAUUCGCCAACUCCUUCGGUCUGAUGUUUCACAUGACGAUGCGUAGCCAAUGCGCCAGAGAGUUCGCUGAUGAUCUCUCUACUUUGCACGGCAUGGGCGAGCUUUUGAGGUUCUGGAACUCGGAGCAAGAAUUCAGCUUCAAUAAUGCUUUUACUUCCUGGGCCCCUGGGAGCGUUGUACAGAAGCGGAAAAAAGCUAUCGGCGAUCUUUAUGGUAUCCUCACAGACAUCAUCAAAAAGCGCGGAGACGAAGGAAGGUGUGAAAACGAUGCGUUUCAAUUUAUGCUCGACCAGGGUGAUACCAUUGAUGACAUAUUUCCAUACAUGUUGUGGAUUGUCUUCAUUGGUACCGCUCCCUCUGCCAUAGUGGCUAAUUGGGUACUGAUGUUCCUCAAAACUCAUCCCGAAUGGGACACAAAGGUGCGCAAUGAGCUCCAGUCUCUUUGCGGGGAACAUUGUCCGGACCUUGCACUCCCCGCACACGUUCGCUUCGCGCAGAUACCAUUGGAUGCAUGGGAGGGCUCGACUCCUGUCAUGGAGGCUGUGAUUACGGAGACAGUUCGAAUAGUAUCAACUGAGCCUGCUUUCCGCAGGAACAUUGGUGGAGAUGUUGAGCUGAAUGGACUCAAAGUUGAGCGUGGCGAGUUCUUGAUGUAUCCAUUCGGGAUCGAGCAAAUGAACAAGGACAAUUAUCCUAAUCCUUCAACAUGGAAUCCUGCACGAUGGGCUGACCCUGCUAAAUUCGAGCACGAUAGGUCACAAGGGAAGUUUUUAGGUUGGGGCAUUGGUAUGCACCCCUGCCUCGGCAUGCGAAUCGCCAAGCUCUACAUCAAGUUCACUGUAGCUCUAUUCAUUCACAACUUCGAAUACAGCCGCGUUGAUAGAAGUGGCAAGGUGUACCAUGAUGUUCCGGUUCCAAAUCUCAGCGACACCCAUUGUUUAUUGCCGAAGGGGAAAGGUCACUUUUUACAUAUCAAACGCAAAUCAGAGUCUUAGGGAUGAAGUGAUGUUGGAAUUUGGUAUAAUGUUUUUACGAGGCUGAGAUAGUGUUUAUGCCAUUCUCUGGGUUGUUCUACUUACGGUGAUGUUUGGUUUCGGCAGGUACGAUAGUCUAAACAUCUACCCCACUUACAACCCGGAUACGAAAUGUAAUGUUUGCUCUGAAUCC